CCAGCCGUCCACUGGAGGAAGGUACCCAUCUUCAUUUGCUCGCCUCGCCGCCGCCACGCUCCCCCGUCCGCUCUCUGGCGCGGCGCAGCCGCCUCUGCCCCGCCACCUCGCUGCCCGCCGUACGUGCACCUCUCUCCUUCGCCUCCUAGCUGCCGUCUCCACCUACCCUCUCUCGAUUCCCCCUUCCAGCGAGUGAGCCACCAACCACGUAAGGGGGAGAGAGGGAGAUGGUGCUGCGGCGGGCGGCGGUGGAGUCCCCUAAGAAGGUGGCGGCUCUGGUCGACCUGGUUAACCUGCCGACGGCGCUGCGGGAGUUCGCCGGGGGCCGGUCCCAGAUGUCCCACCUCUCCUUCUUCCUCGGCGUCUGGUCACACAUCAAGAACAACAACCUCCAGGACCCGACCAACAGGAACAUAGUAAACUGCGAUGAGAAGCUGAAAACUGUGCUGUUGGGCAGGUCUAAGGUGGAGCUCUCGGAACUCCCAAUGCUUGUCAAGCUACAUUUCCCAAAAGUUUUCAAGUCGUAAGAAUAAUAAGCUGUCCUUUACAAAAUCUCCAUGCAUGGCUGAUGUGUAGACAACAUAUGAGUCCUCCUAACCUCUUUGGUACGUGUGUAUUUUUCAACUUUUAGUAGCUUCAGCUUGUGUCCAGAUGAAGGAAAAACAUGUAGUACCAUAUAGUUGCUUCCUGUCUCUCUUGGCAUAUUGUGUAUUGAACUUGAACUGAAUUUGGAAGGCGGUUAUUGAAUGCAAGGCCUGAAAUUGUUGGUUA